AUGGCACGUCGGUUCAGCAUCUUGCUGCUGAAGGGUUCCAAUAUCCGAGGACCAGAGGGACAUGCGACGAAACUGUCGACUGGCUUCAGCAAUGAUAUUCUUGGACUCGAGUAUGAAAUGCGCAUGCAUCACUGCACAAUGUGGGUUCUACAUGUCCCGGCACUGGUUUCUCGAGCAGCACAGCGCACUGGCCUUUCUGGUGCUCAUUACGUGAAACUGUCGAUCGACUCGUGGUCGCCUCUUCACUUCCCAAUUUUGCUGUUCGACUACCAAGGAUCGAUGAUCCUGGACGUUCUAGGACAUCUGCGAUCUGUCAUCAAUUCUGAUUCCGUGAAGGCUUGA